GCUGGGACAGGGAGCUAAAGGCAGAUCUCCGCCCAGGCUGGAUGCCUGCAGCACCAUGGACACGAUCAGAUACAGCCAGUGGGGCGGCAGCUCCAAGGGAGUCCCCACAGGGCCCUGGGGGAGCAGGGUUUUCUUCCUGGCCCUGGCCGUGCUGCUGGUCACUGUGCUGUGGGCUCUCAUUCUGAGCGUCCUCUUGUCCAAGGCCUCCACAGAGCGCGGGGUGCUGUUUGGUCACCAGGACCUGCUGAGGGAAAACGCUUCCAGGCAGACGGCGGCGCUGGGUGCCUUGAAGGGAGAGGUCGGAGCCUGCCAGAGCUGCUGCAACGCGACGCAGGCGGAGCUGCGGGCGGCUGUGGCGGAGCUGAGCGAGGCGCGGGUGAAACUGAUGCAGCAGAAAAGUGCCCUGGAAGAGCUGAGCCAGCGCGUGACCCAGGACUUGGCUACAGCGGGCAGGGACCGCGAGAACAUCCGCAACGAGCUGUUCCGAGCGCUGGAGGACGUCAAGCUCAAGAACAGAUCCUGCGAGCAGUGUCCCACAUCGUGGCUGCCCUUCCGGGGCUCCUGCUACUAUUUCUCGGAGCCCCGAGCCACCUGGGAAGAGGCGCAGCGCAACUGCGCGGGCAACGCUGCGCACCUGGUGAUCAUCGGUGACCUGGACGAGCAGGGUUUCCUGACUCGCCACACACGCGGCCGCGGCUACUGGUUGGGCCUGAGAACUGUGCGCAGUAACGGCCAGGUCCACGGCUACAAGUGGGUGGACGGAGUCCGGAUGGGCUUCAGCCACUGGAACACGGGGGAGCCCAAUGACGCUCAGGGACAAGAGGACUGCGUCAUGAUGCUUCACUCCGGGCUGUGGAACGAUGCGCCGUGUAGCAGCGAGCGAGACGGUUGGAUCUGCGAGAAGCGGCGCAGCUGCUGAGCUGACCCCACCCACCGUCGUCCUGCCACGCCCACCGCCACGCCACGCCCAGCACAAGCGCGGCCAGGAAGCUGCGCAUGCUCCGAGAGUGCACGCCAAGACUUCUCCAUCCACCACUGCUGGGAACCCCUCCGCGCAACCCAGCCUUGUCUAGUGCCUGUGCCCAGAGACCUCUGCUCCGACCUUACUGAUAGCCCCUACAUAAACUAACAUCCACCAGCUCCAAAACCCCUGCUCCUACAUCUGAGUCAUCCCACCCCACCUCUCUUCCUAGACACAUUCAGGAAACUGAGGAAUGGGGCUGUUUGAUUCCUGAAUUUCUGAAGCAUUAAUAAACGUUUGGGAAAUUAAUCUAA